CCGGCUGCACUGUGACCUCGGCGGCGGGCUGCUCGCCCGGCAUGGCGGCAUGGGGUCCGGCGGCCGCUGCUCCUCUGCUCCGCGGGAGCCGCGGGCUCCCUCUGCUGCACUGCGUGUGUCGGAUGCUUGCCUCCCAGACUGAGGGCGAGCUCAGAGUGACCCAGGUUCUCAAAGAAAAGUUUCCUCGCGCCACAGCCAUCGAAGUGACAGACAUCUCAGGAGGCUGCGGAGCGAUGUAUGACAUUAAGAUCGAGUCGGAAGAAUUCAAAGAGAAGAGGACCGUCCAGCAGCACCAGAUGGUCAAUCAGGCACUGAAAGAAGAGAUCAAGGGGAUGCACGGCCUUCGGAUAUUUACGUCCGUCCCCAAGCGCUGACGGCGCCCUGGCCACGCGACGGCUGGUGCUUGAAGCUGUUGCGCCUCACUCACAGCCGCCUUCCAGAAAAUCCCUGCCCCCCAAAACUCUAUUUUUGUUCAUAAACAGUUCUAUGUUAUAGUUA